AUGAAUGACGGUACACUCGUCAUUCGUGGAGAUAAGGUUCCGUCGCGAAAUGUAGGCGGUGUUGGUUUCGUUGUGCACCCAUCUGUCGCCCAUCUCGUCGAUUCUCACGAGAUCCUGUCACCUCGUCUGGCCAUUCUUCGCCUCCGCCUUCUGCGCGAAAAAUCCAUCAGUAUCAUCAACUGCUAUUCACCAACAUCAGCAGCUGAUGAUUCCGAAUUGGAAGCGUUUUACGAGGAGCUGGAGGAAGUAGUCCGCAACGAGAAGUCCUAUUACAAAUUCGUUGUCGGAGACUUCAACGCAAAACUAGGAAAGGCUACAGAAGAGGAAUACAGGAUUGGAAGAUUUGGACUAGGGGACCGGAAUGAAAAUGGCAGGGCUGUUGUCCGCCGCUCACCUAUUUUAUGGGAACUCUCUUUCAUGAAAUUUUAUUCUUCUGAUUUUAUAUCAGCAGACAAAUUCUUCUGA